CGGGCUAUUCGGUCAGCGUGUGCCCACGUAAGAACAUACCAAAGAGGGGCAAAACAGAAGGAAAAGAGCAAGCAACAACUUUCGAUUCAGAGCAAGUUUCCAACUUGUGAGCUUCUUGACAAUGCUGGACCCUUCUUCUGAAGAGGAAUCAGAGGAUGAGGUCCAAGAAGAAGUAUCAAACGAGCUUUUGACUAUAUUUCAAGGAGAUCAAAGCUCCCUUUAUCAGUAUGGAGGUCCAUCGCCAAAUGGCAGUCCACACGGCUCUUUCGCGUCAGGGCUCAACUUUACCCCAAAUAUCAGCCCUACGCUCUCCCUUCGAUCAAUUGCUACAGAGUUGCAAGAGUUUCAGGAAGAGGAAGAGCGCAAAGAGGUUCUACAGCUUUACGUAUUUGUCCUGCGUUGCAUUGCUUACCCAUUUAACGCGAAACAGCCGACCGAUAUGGCGAGAAGGCAAGCUAAAGUUAGCAAGCAACAGCUACAUACCAUCAAGGAGAGGUUCAAGGCUUUCUUGAAUGGAAACACGAAAAUCGCAUCCGACGAAGCAUUUUAUAACGCUGUUCGAGCAUACUAUGAUAUAUUUAUCUGCAGCGAAAGAGUCUUGAAACUUGUUGUCAGUGGAGGCUGUUCUGCAAAUGAUUUUCGUGAAGUUUUUAAGAGUAUUAUUGAAAAAAGAGUUCGAAGUCUUCCAGAAAUUCACGGGUUGAGCAAGGAGACGGUGCUCAGUGCAUGGAUGGCAAAAUUUGAUGCGAUCUAUCGCGGGGAGGAUGACCCUAGGAAAGGGACCUCUAGAAUUGCUGCCUCGGCCGCAUCCGAAUUGAUCUUAUCAAAAGAGCAACUCUACGAAAUGUUCCAAACAAUUCUUGGAAUCAAGAAAUAUGAACACCAAAUUCUCUACAAUGCUUGUCAGCUGGACAAUGCAGAUGAGCAGGCGGCUUGUAUUAGACGAGAACUGCAGAGAAAGAUGACAAACAUUCCAGAGCAGAGAAAGCGCCUUCCACCCUUCUUGAUCAAAGACAUGGAAGCCUUGUAUGUAGAGGAGCAACAGGCAGAGAUUAACCAGCUGAUGGGUGCCCUAGAGAGCCUGCCUGUUGCUAAAGGCUCCUCCGAGUCCAAGUAUUCCCUAUACAGACUUAAGAAGGUGCAGAAUUCCAUCUCUGUUGUGGAUGUCCCUGAUGAUACAGAUCCAACCCUUUCCAAGUCCGACAUUGUCUUGUCAUUUACUAUUGAGGUUGUUGUUUCUGAAGCUCGAGGUCUCAAACAACUACCAGCAAAGAAAAUUGUUUACUGUACUAUGGAGGUCGAAGGAGGAGAGAAAUUACAAACAGGUCAAGCAGAAGCAGGAAAACCAGUAUGGGACACGCAAGGUGACUUCACAACAUGCCACGCCCGACCUAUCAUCAAAAUCAAACUAUUCGCAGAGAACUUAGGGAUUAUGGCCCUUGACGACAAAGAGCUUGGAAGACUGAUCAUCAAGCCUGUUCCUGGAGGGUCUGAUGUGUUUGAGUGGCAUGCGCUUACUGCUCCUAAGGGCUGGACAGGCGGUAAACUUGAGCUGAAAGUUGCAGUCAAAAUGGAUAAACCCCUAAACCUGAAAAAGUCAGGCAUGUUGUUUGCUCAUGGCAAAACCCUUUGGAAGAAAUGGAAGAAGCGAUUUUUUGUGCUUGUACAGGUGAGCCAGUACACAUUUGCUAUGUGCUCAUAUAUGGAGAAGAAAUCUGAGCCCUCAGACAUGAUGCAGCUUGACGGCUAUACAGUAGACUACUGUGAAAAGAUUGAGGGUGAGGAAUUCAAAGGUGGAAGAUUCUUCUUCAAAGCUGUCAAGGAGGGCGACCAGAUGAUAUUUGCUACAGAUGAAGAGCUUGAACGUACUGUAUGGGUGAAUAAACUCUACAUGGCCACUGGUCAAUCACACAAACCAGUGGCACCCAAGCUGUCUAUGGUAGCGACAGCAUUGGAGAGUAGCAGCACGCUCUCCAGAGUACAAGGAGCGGCUGACCGUGCUAAGAAGCACGGGUUUGAUGACCUGAUCCAGGCAGACCCGUCCAAGUUCGACCAUCACUAUCUUUUUGAGCAGCUGCAAAGGAGGACCUUGGAUCAUAGACUUAGUGAUUCCUAUUCCUGCUUAGGGUGGUUCUCUCCUGGCCAAGUGUUUGUGCUAGAUGAGUACUGUGCGCGCUACGGAGUUCGUGGCUGCCAUCGUCACUUGUAUUACCUGAGUGACCUGCUGGAUCGAGCAGAGACAGGGAUUAUGAUAGAUCCCACCUUACUGCACUACAGCUUUGCCUUCUGCGCAUCACACGUCCAUGGCAACAGGCCCGAUGGUAUUGGUACGAUCACCGUUGACGAGAAAAAUAAAUUUGAGGAGAUCAAGGAUCGUCUGUGGAAUCUAUUGGCGCAUCAGAUUACUCACUUCAGGUAUUGUUUUCCAUUCGGUCGGCCUGAAGGAGCGUUGAAGGCGACGUUGUCCUUAUUUGAACGCGUUAUGAUGAAGGACAUAUCAACGCCAGUGCCGCCAGAAGAGUUCCGUAACGAGAUAAGGAAGUGUUUGCAGAAAGCUGCACUUGUCAACUACACACGCGUCUCUGCUUAUGCGCAGAUAGAAGAGGGCAGCAAAGAGGACGCACCACCAGACAAGAGACUAGAUGACAUAAUGCACUUGGCGGAACUUUGCAUCGACCUGCUUCAACAAAACGAGGAGCACCAUGCCGAGGCGUUAGCCUGGGUUGCAGACCUGAUGGCGGAACAUCAAGAGAUCUUCUGGUCGCUGUUCUCUGUGGAUAUGGAUGCGGCGCUGGCUGUCCAACUUCCAGACACCUGGGACAGCUUCCAGUUAUUUCAGCUUCUCAACGAUUACCUCAGCAACGAACCCUCCUUACAGCGCGGCAAGUUUCACCUUCAUCUGCGCGAGACUUUCGCUCCGCUGGUUAUCCGGUACAUUGACCUCAUGGAGUCCUCCAUCGCCCAGUCGGUCCACAAGGAUUUCGCCAAGGAGACUUGGAUAGCGGUCGGAGAGGGCUGCAACUCAUCCGAGGAGUUGUUUUGGAAGCUUGGUGCACUGCAGCAGUUUAUUUCAGAUCUUAAUUGGCCGGAUGAGGUGAUGGAGGCCCAUCUGAUUAAGAGACUGAAGCUCAUGUCAGCAGAUAUGGUCGAGAGCUGCAUUAAGAGGACCAAGGAACGACUGGAUAAGUGGCUAAGCACCACCAAGUUCUCCACCGAUUACGUCAUUCCCAGCACUGUCUUCGUCAUGAUGAACGUCAUCACACAGGCCAAGAAACAGUCGCAGAUCCUUUGUGCCCGAGAGGAGAGUGAGAGUGAACAGCACCGCUACCACUCCGAUGUAUAUGAAGUUCUGACAGGAUCUCAGAAGGAUGUGGCGGAACGUAUCGCGGAAAAGCUGAAUUCAGUUCUUAACGCGCUCUUGCACAAGCUGGCCCGGUAUGACCAUGGAUCGCUUCUCUCAUCUGUGUUUGCACUUAAGAAUCCAGGCAAUGAAAUGGAAUUGAACUUUACGCGAUUUGUCAAGACGAACCUCAGCCGUGUUAUGAAGGAGCUGAGUGAAGAGAGGUUGAAAAAGUAUAUUGUUAAGAAAUGGUACACUAGCAUGGUGAUGCGGAUCUGUGAAUGGCUGUCUCAUCGCAUGAGCGACUCGCUUCACGAGUAUCAACUCAAAACCCUCCUCCCCAUCACCAAGGAGAUUCCUGUUCUAUUCGAGCACUGCGGUCUCCCUCCUAAGCGACUAAGGUGCACCACAUACGGCACGGUGCUAUCCCGGCUACAGGUGGAGGAAGCCAUGCAUAAGGGAGAGCAGAUCCACCUCGACGAGGAUUACCGAGGUUACAGCCACUCUGACGACGAGGACUCCGACCCUACUAGCGAAGACGAGAUAUGAGAUACGAGACAAGAGGCCCGACCCUAUUGCGAAGACGAGAUAUGAGAUACGAGACAAGAGGCCCGACCCUACUAGCGAAGACGAGAUAUGAGAUACGAGACAAGAGGCCCGACCCUACUAGCGAAGACGAGAUAUGAGAUACGAGACAAGAGGCCCGACCCUACUAGCGAAGACGAGAUAUGAGAUACGAGACAAGAGGCCCGACCCUACUAGCGAAGACGAGAUAUGAGAUACGAGAAAAGAGGCCCGACCCUACUAGCGAAGACGAGAUAUGAGAUACGAGACAAGAGGCCCGACCCUACUAGCGAAGACGAGAUAUGAGAUACGAGACAAGAGGCCCGACCCUACUAGCGAAGACGAGAUAUGAGAUACGAGACAAGAGGCCCGACCCUACUAGCGAAGACGAGAUAUGAGAUACGAGACAAGAGGCCCGAGGGUAGGCAAACUUUUCCAUACAGAGGGUUUCCAUUCCCAGUAGUAAAUAUGAUGUGGCCUAACAGUAAAGCGUAGGCAAAGGUAUAGUUUUCCCCACAAAGGGUCUCCAUUCCCAUUAGUAAAGAUGAUGUGGCCUAAUAGUAAAGCGUAGGCAAAGGUAUAGUUUUCCCUACAGAGGGUCUCCAUUCCCAGUAGUAAAUAUGAUGUGGCCUAUAAUAGUAAAGCGUUAUCAAAGGUAUAGUUUUCCCCACAAAGGGUCUCCAUUCCCAGUAGUAUAGAUGAUGAUAUAGAUGAUAUGUGGCCUAAAAGCGAAGACCAGAAAAACGACUGCUGCUAUUACGAAUUCAAGCAGGUAGGCAAUGGUAUAGGUGAAUUGUGGUAUAGUUGGAUCGUGAAAUGUUGUUUCUAGGCCAAAAAUGUACCUGCCCUGCUGUAAGGGGUUAGGUAGGUAGGGGUUGCAUCCAAGAGUAGGACCUGCCCCACAGUGGGCAUAGCAAGAGACUAAGAUUAAUCUUCGUUAAGCUUAAGGGCGCGUUUUUUCCUAUCAUUCUGGAAUGGGAAUGGUUGGUAGAGAAUGUUCAGAAUGGCAUUCAAGUCAUUCUACUACAGGUAGCAGAAUUGGUGGAAUGGCCUUCAUUGCAUUUCGAAAUGGGAACGAAGUAUAUACGAACGCGCGCUUUUUCUAUUCUAAUCAUUCUCAUUCCGGAAUCACGAGUAAAAAACGAGCCCUAAGUAGGAGGGAGCCAGGGAGGCCUUUACCAUUCUGCUAUUUCUGAAAGGUCAGGGAAAGGCAAGGGUAUGUUUGUCUCAAAAGAAGGACUUCAUCCCUACUAGUAAGUAAGAUAUGUGCCCAACUAGCAAAGGGCUCCACUAGUAAGAUUUUAGGUGGGUGUAGACUUCUGGUGGGGAACCAGGACACGUGCUAAUGUUUAUACAUAUUUUUUUUUUAAAAAGAGAGAAAUGUUGCUUCCUAUCAACUUUUGUUCGCUUACUUUGCGAACAAACAUGGCCUUUCGGGCUUUAGACAUUUUGUUAAUAUCCUGGUGUUGUCGUUAUCUCACGUGUUCAACUCAGGUGAACAGAACUUUAAAUUAAGAUCGUUAUUUCGACAAAAUAACAGCAAAAUACUAAAAAAAGCUAUUUUCGUAUCUAUUUUUGUUUUGCAGUAAGCCUGGCAAACAAAACAGUACUUGAAAAGAUUUUGAACAAGGGGCAACCUCAAUCUACUUAUAAUGCAUCGCUCUGCUUUGGCGGGUUAUUUUUCAUUUUAUCGAAGUGAAAAGCAUUUGUGAAGGAGAGAUCCUGGUUUAUUGUAUUUAUCUUCAUAUGAUCUGGGGUUGUCCCUCUUAUUUUGAUACACAAGCUAAUUUAUACUAUGUAUAAUGCCUUAACCAGAAAUGCAACGGUAGCAUUUAUAUGUAAAUUGUAAAGAAAAUAAUUAAAACUGAUAAUAAAAAAAAUAUGACACACA